CCUUUGACCAAACAUCACUACAUUGGAGGGAACACAUAUAUAUCGUUUCUUUAGUUUUUUUUUUUUGGAAAAUUUUCUGUUCCAAUGGAAGCUCGUUACGAUGUGGUAAUUUAUGGAGCAACUGGAGUGACUGGCGGAAAAAUAUUUGAAACAUUAAUUUCUUGCGGAAAAUUCGACAAUUAUUCUAUUGCAAUCGCUGGGAGGAGUGAGAAAAAGUUGGAAGAAGUUUUAGAAAAACUUGAGAAAUCUACUGGAACUUCAUUAAAAACCCGAAUCGGUCUCCUCGUCUGUGAUUCAACAAAUGAAGAAUCAAUGGGAAAAAUGGCUCGGCGAGCAAAAUUAAUAGUAAAUGCAGUUGGGCCGUUUCGUCUGCACGGAGAAGCGGUUGUAAAAGCUGCUGUGGAAAACGGAGCCAAUCAAAUCGACGUAGCCGGUGAGCCGGAAUGGAUAGAGCGGAUGGAAGCAAAAUAUGGGCAAAUGGCAAAAAAUAACAAUGUCUAUAUAGUUUCUGCGUGUGGCUGGGAUUCGAUUCCAGCAGAUUUUGGCGUCAAACUUCUCAAGCGAUAUUUUGAUGGCCAUCUUCAAAGAAUCGAUGCGUUUCUACAAUUGCAUUUUGGACCAUCGGGCUACUCGUUCAGUGCGACAUCGUUACAAGCUCUUCUCCUCGGCUUCAAUGGUGCACCUGAUCUUGGCUCCCUCCGCCAUUCAAUUAUGCCCAAAAAAAUUGACCACCUGUUGGCCCCCAAUAAAAAACGUCAUUUUUUAUGGAAAAUCGAGGAGAAGGGAAGCGAGGGAUGGGCGAUGCCAUUUCUCGGCGCAGACAAGUCAAUUGUGACGAGGAGUCAAUAUUUUGAUUAUGUGAUGAAUAACGUGAAGCCUGUAAGAUUCACACCGUUUACCAGAUUUGAAAGUCGAUGGAAUGCACUGUUAUUGGCAGCUCUUAUGGGUCUGCUGAAAACUUUUUCAAAGUACGGAACUAUGCAAAGGUUUAUUAUGAGAUAUCCGGAGCUUUGUAGUGGAAAAUUGUUCAGUAAAUCAGGGCCCAGUGAAGAGCAGAUGAAAGAAGCAACAUUCACCUAUCAAUUCUACGGUUAUGGUUACGGUAGAGGAGAUCCACGUGACCGGGAACCCAAGAAGAAGCUUCUCGUAACAUGCACAGGUCCAGAUGUUGGCUAUAUUGCGACAAGUGGAUGUGUUUUGUCCUCGGUAUUGGUAUUUCUGAAAGAGAAGGAAAAGUUGCCCAAAAGCGGCGGAGUCUACACAACAGCGUAUGCAUUCGAGAACACUAGACUUAUCGAUUUUUUGCUUGAUUUCGGAAUCAAGUUCGACAUUGAGAUGCCUUCAAAGUUGUAAACACGUUGUUUUGGGCGAUUUCAAGGUUAUUUCAUCGGGUCAUUCGGCAUUUUCGAAUGGUGUUUGUUUCUUCUUUAUAUUUCAUUCGAAAUGUGUUUCUAUUCUUGUAAAAUUGUUCUAUAAAUCGAGUUUUUAUUUGAA